AUGCAACUCUCAGGAUCCAUCAUCCUCACGACACUCCCUAGUCGCGAUUUCGAGCCGACCCUCGUAUCCGAUGUUUCCCCCUCGAUCUCUGUCUUCUCUCCAGUAUAUCUAUUCCAGGUAGUCGAAGUGAUUCUGAGCUUGGGACAGACACUCUUGACAUGCCCCCAACCCUAA